AUGUCGGCUUUUUGGGAAGAUCCUAAUUGGGUCCUAGCAUGGCGCAACACUACUCUGGAAAAACAUAUUGAGACAACUGCCAGACGUUAUCCACGCAGACUGAUAAGUGACCGUGCAACUUCACGGCAUCAGAAGGCGAUUGAUCCUCAAACUGGACGACUCUUGGGCUAUGCUCGCUGGGUUCUACCCGAUUCAUAUGCUACUACUUCAGAGGGUGAACCAACUUGGCCGGAGGCUCUGGGUCCAUUGGUAGGACCGGAAGAAGAAGAAGAAAUCAAGCGAAUUGCUGAAGCGACCCCAUGGAAUCCGGACAACUCAUCAGACCCGCUGGAUAACAACAUUUCCAAAAUAAAAAAAGAACUUCUGGCAAAAAAGACGUACUUAUUGCUCGAAUAUUUGGCUGUUCAUCCAGAGAAUCAAGGCAAAGGAAUUGGUACUUUGUUAAUACAAAGUGGCAUGAAGGAAGCAGAAAAGUUGGGUUUGGAUAUCUUUGUUCUCGCAUUUAGGCGUGGAUGGGGAGUAUAUAGUCGGGCUGGAUUUCGUGUUGAGCAAGAACUUAUCCAAGAUGACUCUAUGUACGGAGGUGACGGCAACUACGGUGUUCGUUUUAUGAUCUACGAGCAGCCGACGAAGUCAGAGGUGUAA